AGAAUUGUCUGUAAUCAUUUUUCGUGUAUUUUUGGUUGAAACCCGGAAGUAUACUUAACUGGACUUCAAUUGAAGAUUAGAUUUGCAGCACACAAAAUGGAAUCUUUCAGCAACAGUAGAGUUUAUCUUAAAUCUAGACCAGGAGCAGACCAUGAACCAUCAAUGGAAAACUUCGGUCAUGAAACUUGCCCUUUACCACCAGCUUUAUCAUCAGGAGAAGUUACCAUUAAAACUUUAUACAUCUCUAUAGAUCCUGCAAUGAGAUGUCGUAUGAAUGAUGAAACUGGUGUAGAUUAUAUAAAUGCCUGGCAGCUGGGAGAAACCAUUCAGGGACUAGGAGGGGUUGGAGAGGUCAUAGAAUCUAAAGAUACAGCAUUUUCUAAGGGAGAUCAAGUUCAAGGAGUAAUGAACUGGCCCUGGAUAAAAUUCUUCAAUACAAAAACUGAUGACAAGCUAUUACCUCUAACAAAAGUUGAUGCUGCAUUGAAAUCAAAUCCCCAAGUUGUAUUGUCAUUGUUUGGGGUAACAGGUUUAACCUCAUAUUUAGGGGUCAAAGAGAGAGGUAACUUGAGUCCUGGGAAGAAUCAAACAUUUGUUGUCAGUGGUGCAGCAGGAGCAUGUGGAAAUCUUGCUGGACAGAUAGGGAAGCUCCUGGGUGCUCAUAGAGUCGUUGGUAUAUGUGGAUCUGAUUCUAAAUGUUCCUUCCUCACAACACAGCUUGGCUUUGAUACAGCUUUAAAUUAUAAAACUGAAAAUAGUCCACAACGCUUGAAAGAAACUUGUCCUGAAGGGAUAGAUGCUUAUUUUGAUAAUGUUGGAGGAACUCUUAGUGAAGAAGUCAUAAAACAGAUGAAUGAAGGUUCUCAUGUUAUACUGUGUGGUCAGAUAGCUGUAUACAACAAAGAUGUUCCUUAUCCUCCACCAAUAUCUCAACAAAUGCAGGACAUCAUCUCUGAUAGAAAUAUUACAAGGGAAAGGUUUUUAGUUUUGCAUUUUCAAGACCAAUUUGGGGAUGGAAUAAAGAUAUUACAAGAGUGGUACAUAAAUGGAAAAUUGAAGGUUCCAGAAUACAUACAUGAAGGCCUAGGACAUGCAGGCGAAGCAUUUGUUAACAUGAUGACCAGUGUAAAACAAGAAAAAGUUGGUAAACAAAUGGUUAAUGUGGAUUCAUGAAAACGUAAACUGUUUAGACCUUGAUAAUGAAAACAUGCCGUGCAUAGCUGACAGUGAAAACACAUGCAGUGCAUACUUUGACAGUAAUACACCACAUGCAGUACAUACAAAAUGCAGUACAAACCUUGAUAGUGAAAACACAUCUAGUGCAUAUAUUGACAGUGAAAACACAUCUAGUGCAUAUAUUGACAGUGAAAACACAUGCUGUGCAUGCCUUGAUAGUAAAAGCAUGUGACAGUGGAAAUCAUGAAACAGCAUUUACAUAGAUGAUAAAGAAUUGUAGGUAGGCAAUGUUUAUGUAAUAAACUAUGGACUACCUCAUACAGUAUAUAACUGUCCUGUCUCUAUUCAGUAUUUGUUUUAUUUUGCUAGUAAUAAAUUCUGAUGUAUUUAU